CUGGGGCGUGGGGGCGCAGCUGCACUGGGUUUUCCAGCCCCGGGUCUGGGUGUCGGAGACGCGGAAUCGCGGGGCUCCACUGCUUGGAAAGUUGCGGGUCCGCGGCUUCCAGAGUUGGGGCGCACUGGCUGCCCCGGAGCGGGUGGGGACCGGUCCGAAGUGGGAUUCGGGCGCCGGGCUUCUGUUAGGAGCCCUGCCGCGAGCGAUCGGGAUCUCCUACCCCGCGCAGCCGCUCCGAGGCGCGUGACUACUUGGAGUCAUCUGGAGGGCCUGCUUGGCCUGAGCACCCCUGGAUCGCUGCUUCCCAGAAACCAAACAAGUGGUUCCUGUCACCUCCCUGGAUGCCCCUUAGAUGCCAUCCAGCUCAGCCUGACCAAUGUCCACAGCCAGGGAACAGCCAAUCUUCAGCACCCGGGCUCACGUCUUCCAGAUCGACCCUACUACCAAGCGGAAUUGGAUCCCGGCAGGCAAGCACGCACUCACUGUGUCCUAUUUCUACGAUGCCACCCGAAACGUGUACCGCAUCAUCAGCAUCGGGGGUGCCAAGGCCAUCAUCAACAGCACAGUCACCCCCAACAUGACCUUCACCAAAACCUCGCAGAAGUUUGGGCAGUGGGCAGACAGUCGCGCCAACACUGUCUAUGGCCUAGGCUUUGCCUCUGAACAGCAGCUGACCCAGUUUGCUGAGAAGUUUCAGGAGGUGAAGGAAGCUGCCAGACUGGCUCGGGAGAAAUCUCAAGAUGGCGAAUUCACUAGUUCUGCCCUGGCCCUUGCCUCUCACCAGGUUCCCCCAAGUCCCUUGGUCAGCACCAACGGUCCCGGAGAGGAGAAGUUGUUCCGCAGCCAGAGUGCAGACGCCCCUGGCCCCACCGAGCGAGAGCGCUUGAAGAAGAUGCUGUCGGAAGGCUCCGUAAGCGAGGUCCAGUGGGAGGCCGAGUUCUUCGCACUACAGGACAGCAACCAGAGGCUGGCAGGGGCCCUACGCGAGGCCAACGCAGCUGCCGCGCAAUGGAGGCAGCAGCUAGAGGCCCAGCGUGCAGAGGCCGAGCGCCUGCGGCAGCGGGUGGCGGAGCUGGAGGCCCAGGCGGCUGCAGAGCCGGUUCCGGUGGGCGAGAAGGAGGUAACCAGCCAAUCCGUGGAGCAAUUGGAGGCUCAGGUGCAGACCAAGGACCAGGAGAUCCAGACUUUGAAGAAUCAAAGCUCAGGAACUCGAGAAGCUCCUGACACUACUGAGCGGGAGGAGACACAGCAGAAGGUUCAGGACCUAGAAACACGGAAUGCAGAGCUGGAGCAGCAGCUGCGGGCCAUGGAGUGCAGCCUGGAGGAGGCUCAGGCUGAGAGGGAGCGCGCGCGGGCAGAGGUGGGCCGGGCCGCGCAGCUCCUAGACGUGCGACUGUUCGAGCUGAGUGAGCUGCGUGAGGGCCUGGCACGCCUGGCAGAGGUGACACCCUAGUUGGCCCUGGUGGGUCUGCGGC